AUGGUGCGAUCAUCUUCAGCGGAGCCUGCCAAGGCUACCAAGCGAAAGGGCACCCGCAGUGUCUCUACCCUUACUCCUUCACAGCUCGCGCGCAAGCGGGCCAACGACCGAGAGGCGCAGAGGGCAAUCCGGGCCCGGACCAAGGAGCACAUUGAGCGACUGGAGCGCGAGUUGGAGGACCUCAAGAGCAAGCAGAGCCGCGACCAGACCGUCCAGGAGCUGCUGCGACGCAACAAGGCCCUCGAGGAUGAGCUGUCGCGGCUGAAGGAGAACAUGGGCGUCUCGAUGACCUCGUCGCCCUACUCCACACCAGGUAUUUACAGCCGCCCAACAGCUGGUGCCUUACAGACGUUGACCAUGGUGCGAACAGUCUAUGAUGAUAGCCUCAGCACCGGCAGCGGCGCUAUGCCCAGUCCCAGGGCAUCGCCGUUCCCCUCUGGCGACUACGGCUCGCUCCCCGACUAUGGCCAGCAAUACGUUCCCCUCCCCAACAACUGUGAAUCGUGGGCCAACACCGUCCCCGUGCCGUCCAACGUCUCCAGCCCUUCCUCGUCGGCCGACACUGACGGCUACGGCGCGGGCUACAUCCCUACCAGCGUGCCGACGUCGAUGCUCCCCUCUAACAACACCAGCACCAGCAGCAUUAGCGCGGUGGGCCACAAGGACAUUAAGAUGGAGUACGAGGAUGUGGAUCACCACGUCCAUGCAGGGCGCGCCCAAUCCUUACAUGGCGCAGCAGCAGCAGCAGCAGCAGCAGCAGCAGCCGGCGUGGAACAUGUACCCGGCCGUCUACUACCCGCAGGCGCAGUCCUCGGUCCAUUGAAGCCAGGCGUAGGCGGCUCGUCAUCCUGGCAAGCGCUCGUCAUGAGGACAGCGUCUGCGAGCCGCAUUGACGAGCCGCCUGUCGGCUUUAUAGGACUGGCGCCGACUCUCACACACAGAGUCGAUUCACCAGAUAUCAAGCCCUAUCCGGAUUCACGCCCGGAUAACCCCUAAGACGGCAGCUAUGAGGACGACUCGGCCACCCCUUUCUGGAUUUCCUGGAUACUGAGGAAUGGGGCGCAUUGCAGCGUAUGCGCCGUUACAGACGCGCGGCCGGUUGGUGCAACUGCAUGCGCUCCUCGCGGCAGCUCACGACUAUACGACCUGCAUCUCCAAGGGGUCGACCUCGUCCAAUGGAGCUGCCACACACACCAUUUCCAACUCCCAGACUUCUACGCCACAUACGAGUAUCCGGCGGGUCUGCUCGGAAGGGCUGCGGCUCGUCUUGACUGGCCCGGCGCGACUCCUCCGCUGGCGUUGGCGCGCCGCCUGACGGGCUGUCGAUAGACCACCGCGGACCGGUCACAGACCAUCCGGACUAUGGUCGGGUAUACCAAGUGGCCUUGCUGUUUCUUUGGAGCAGACCACUUGGCACUCGUGGCUUCAAGUGAUGGACGCCUGAGCGCGGC